AUGAUUCCCAUCGGAGCCCUGACCUCCUCCUUCUCAUUGGAGGGUCACCAGGACCUCAAGAUCCUUCAACCCUGGUGGGACGUGUUGUGCGACAUGCUCUCCGUGCCCAUGUUCAUGAUCGGCAUCUUUGCCGGGAUGCUGCAGAACAUGAACGAGCGCAUCCUGUGUGUGCCGGUGCCGAGCGGCUUCGACGUGGAUCUGAAGGAGUGGAACGAGACCGUGCUGAGGGACCUCGUGGCCAACCCCAGGGCCCACAGGACCGGCUUCGACCAGUACCAGUACCGGUUGAUCAACCAGUUCUGCUACGACAACGCGGUGCUGUGGAUCAGCAAGUACUUCCCGCACCUCGUGGUGCUGCACACGCUCGUCCUGACGGCCACCAGAAACUUCUGGUUCAGGUUCCCGGAGACGAGCUCCAAGAUUGAGCACUUUGUGUCCGUGCUGGGCAAGUGCAUGGAUUCGCAGUGGACCACGCACGCCGUCCACGAGGCCGCGCUUGACGGGGUGGCAACAACGGCGGCGGCGUUGCGGCCGCCGCUGCUCGCCACGGCGGGGAGCUGCAGCGACCCGAGAUCCGGCGAAAUCCCCAUGGAGAAGCUGCCUCCUGAGUCUCCGCCGGGACCGCCCCGGCCCUCCGUCCAGUUUGUCGACCUCGGCGAGGCCGCACCACCCGACCGGUCCCCCCCGGAGCAGAGCGAGGACCGGCGGACGCCAUCGGAUGAUCGCAUCCUGGACAAGAAGGAGGGCGAGCAGGCUAAGGCUCUCUUCGAGAAGGUGAAGAAACUCCGCGCUCACACGGAGGCGGGCGGCGGGCUCCACAGGAUAUACGUGUUGCAGACGGCGGCCCGCUUGCUGCAGGCGCUGGUGGUGCUCGCGUACACCGGCUACGCCUGCCCCAAUAUGCGCUACCACAUCCACUGCGUGGAAGGCGAGUACAUCACGGGCUACAGGAACUUCUACUGCGUCCACGGGCUGUGGCGCAUCUUCCGCAUGAUGUGGAUGGCCUACGCGACCACGAUGUGCGUUUACGCGCUCACCUGUGCCUACGUCGUCUACUGGGUGGUGACCUGCAGGCUCAAGGAGUACAGCUUCGCGGAGACGCGCCAGGAGACGGGGGUGGACGACAUUCCGGACGUGCGCAACGACUUCGCCUUCCUCCUGCACCUAGUGGACAAGUACGACCCUUGCUACGCAUCCAAGUUCUCCGUCUUCCUGUCCGAGGUGAGCGAAAAUAAGCUGAGGCAGGUCAACGUGGAUCAAGUGUGGACCCUGUCGCAUCUGACGGGGCUGCUUGAGAUCAACGCGCAGGGCGAGAGCGAGCUACGCCUCUGCAAGCUGGCAGCGGUGCCAGUGGACACAUACCGCCUCACUCAGAUACAGGUGCUGACGCUGGACUCGAUGCACGGGGUGACGCUGGGGGCGGCGGUGGUGCAGUUGGUGAACCUGCACCAACUCCGGCUGCUGAACUGCACCGUGAGCGUCGACAAUCGCGCACUCGCCUUCCUCAGUGAGGAGCUGCACCAGUUGGAGGUGAAGUUUGCGGUCAAGGCGGAGGUCCCGGGCUGGCUGCGUGAAAUGCGCCACCUGGAGGAGCUGUCCCUGGAGGGGCCCCUGACGCCCGCGCUCCUUAAGCCGCUGGGCGGCCUCAGGCGCCUGCGGGGCCUGCGCCUGACGACAAGCGUCGCCCGCCUCCCGCCCGGCCUGGCCGCCGUCGCUAGCGGCGGCGUGCGCUCGUUCGCCCUCGACAACGGCGGCGUGCGCCUCGAGUCGCCGGCGCCCCUGAGCAAGCUGCGCGGCUUGGAGACGCUGCGGCUGACGCGCUGCGGCCUGGAGCCCGCCGAGCUUCCGCGGCCGGCCGCCCGCGGCGGUGGCGCCGUACCGGCCUUGCUGCGCUGGCACGCCUCCGCGGCGAGGGCGCACGACAUGCUGACGAUGCGCUCCAGCUCCUGCACGUGCACCUCCGCCUUGCCCCGCGUCGCCUCGCAGCUCGCCGGCGACGGCGGCGGCGCCGCGUUCUGCACGCUGGCAACGCGGAGCGGGCGGGGAAAUGUGACGGCGGGCGGUCGCGGCAGUGCGAAACCGGAAGGCGGCCCCGGUUAA